AUGGCAUACGUGGAGAACAAUACUAAGGUGAAUGAGUUUAGACUUUUGGGAUUGACCGACACCCCAGAGCUGCAAGUUCCGCUCUUCAUAAUGUUCACCCUCGUCUACCUCAUCACCGUCAUUGGGAACCUGGGGAUGAUCCUAUUGAUCCUGCUGGACUCCCGUCUCCACACCCCCAUGUACUUCUUCCUCAGUAACCUCUCCCUGGUGGACUGUGUUUACUCCUCAGCCGUGACCCCCAAGGUGAUGGCUGGGCUCCUCACAGGUGAUGAAGUCAUCUCCUAUGGUGGGUGUGCUGCUCAAAUGUUCUUCUUCGUGGCCUUUGCCAGUGUCGACUGCUUCCUACUUGCUGUCAUGGCCUCCGACCGUCACGCAGCGGUGUGUAAGCCCUUGCAUUACACCACCACCAUGACCAGGAGCGCGUGUGUCCGCAUGGCGGUGGCCUGCUACGUCUGGGGCUUUGUCGAAUCUACCAUCCACACCGGGUUCACCUUCUCCCUCUCCUUCUGCCGUUCUCACCUGGUCCACCACUUUUUCUGUGAUAUCCCCGCAGUCCUGGCCCUCUCCUGCUCUGAUAUCUACACGAAUGAGAUUGUGCUUUUCAUCUUAGCAGCAUUCAAUGUCUUUUUUGCCCUGACAGUUAUCUUGACUUCCUACCUGUUCAUUUUCAUUGUUAUCCUGAGGAUGGGCUCCGCCGAGGGACAGAAGAAAGCCUUCUCCACCUGUGCAUCUCACCUCACGGCUGUGACCAUAUUCUACGGAACUGUCAUCUUUAUGUACCUACAGCCCAGUGCUAGUCAUUCCAUGGACAAUGACCAAAUGGCCUCUGUCUUCUAUACCAUAAUAGUUCCCAUGUUGAAUCCAAUUGUCUAUAGCUUAAGGAACAAAGAGGUUCAUAAUGCUUUCAAGAAAGUCAUUGAGAAGAUGAGGACUCUUUUCUGCACAUCAUUUUAA